AGAGAAAGGUGAAGAGGAAACCCGCAACAGCCCGCCGCCAUUUCACGAAACAACAGCGCGAAGAACACAGCGAAAAGUCACGGAUUUACAGCUGAAAUUCAACGUUUUUACACAAAUUAACUGAUCACUUCUUAUAAAUUAGCGCCGAAUAUCGUGUUUGUGUCGAAUAGUCGUCGAUUUAACCAAUUCUGAGGCGGAAAAGUGGUGUUUUUUUGUUGCUAAGUGGCCGCAAACAUGAGCUACGGUAGGCCCCCGCCGGACGUGGAGGGAAUGACCUCGCUCAAAGUGGACAACCUCACGUACCGGACCCUCCCCGAGACCCUGCGCCGCGUGUUCGAGAAGUACGGCCGCGUGGGGGACGUGUACAUCCCGCGGGACCGGUACACGAAGGAGAGCCGCGGCUUCGCCUUCGUCCGGUUCUUCGACAAGCGCGACGCGGAGGACGCCAUGGACGCGAUGGACGGGGCGCUGCUGGACGGGCGGGAGCUCCGGGUGCAGAUGGCGCGAUACGGACGCCCCCCUGACCCCAUGUACGGCCGCAGCGGCAGAGGCUCCGCGCCCAGGAGGUACGGAGGAGGAUACGGCCGCAGGAGCAGGAGCCGAUCGGACAGUAGGGGGCGGCGCAGACGUAGCCGUUCUCGCAGCAGGAGUCGUUCUCGGUCUCGCUCUCGUCGCUACAGCCGCUCCAGGUCCCGGUCCUACUCCAGGUCUAAGUCCCGGUCCAGAUCCAAGUCUAGGUCGAAGUCCAGGAGCAGAUCCAAGUCCCGCAGCAGAACCCCAGCUUCCAACAAAGGCUCAAAGUCCAGGUCCAAAUCCAGGUCUAGAUCCAAGAGCCGACCCAAGUCCCCAGAAGACAACGGAACAGAGUCUUAAGCCCCCACUGAGCCAGCUGCUGCUGGAGUGGAGCAGAGGAGGAGGAGGGUGGUGUGGUGUGAGAGGAGAGCAGGUAGAGAGCAGACGUCCAGGGACCGUGGCUCCUGCCCUGAGCUCCUGAGCUGAGCAGCAGAGCGGGGGGUGGAGCAGGAGCAGGCUGGUGGUGUGUGAGGUCAUGAUGGUGUGGUGAGGUACGUUCAUGGGGCCACAGGAAGGGGGCGCUGCACUGUGACGCCUAAAGGUUUGUGCUCUCACAUCAAAGGGAGGAGCGCUUUUUAGCUCCGUGGGCUGCAAAUGUAGGGGCCAAUAAUCUGUACUUUACACACGAAGGGCUGGGCAAUAGGAAAACGCCAAAUUUCCCUCUAAGGUAAGGAUGUAUUUAGAAGUAAAGUCGCGAUUGGGUCGACUUUUCAGAUCUGCAGUUAGAAUCUUUUGUUGACGGACUCGUUUCAGGAGAAGCCGAGACUUUAAAUUAGAGGUUAACCAACUUCCGAGGAAAUGCAACUUCUGGAAACAUUUAAAAGUAGUCGCUUUCAAGUUGUAGGAACAAUGUGUUGGCGUGGGACUAAACGCCUACAGUUUUCCCACAACCGCAGUCCAAAUGUGUCGUUCAACCGGACAAAGCUGUGACGACCAAACAGACGGAGAGAGAUCUGAAACGCCUUCUACUCAGAGGAGUUUAUUUUAGUGUUUAGGCCCACAAAGUAGCACCUACUGAAACAUUACAGCUGAUGUCGGCAACAUUCCCUAGGCGUGUGAUGCUAACCGUAGGCACUGCUAGGUCUGAAAUUCUGUUACUCCAGAUAGACGUUAAUGUGACUUUACACAAUCUGACCAUAAAGAACUGGUACAAACUGGCAUUGACCAACAGUUUUUCAGUUAGUCACUCGUCUUUUUUGUUAAAUCUUUUCUCUUUUUUGGUAGUGUUUGCCAACGUGUGCAUUGUGUCACCACGGCAACUGCUGAACAUUCUGCCAUUCACUCGCAUGUAGUAGAACCCGUCCUUCCCCUUUUUAGUACACGAGGUCUUUACUGUAGAAAUGGGAUACUCCAGUUUGGAUGGAAGGAGGAUUCUGAUACAAACUGUCCGUGUGGUUAUGGAUCUGGACUCGCCGCAGUGACAGGAGCCGUAGACACGUCGUUAUCGAUGAUACGGUCGGAAGUGCCCAGCCCUGGUCAGCCCGGCUCAGGCCUCAUUCUCAGCCGCUCUCUCUCGUCUCUCGCUCCCUUCACUCACUCGUUUUCCGUUCUGUCUUUUUCACAGAGCUCUGCGGACCCAAGGACGCCACGACUAAAACCCAACCACGCUUCCACUCACCCAGCCCUGAAAGGUUACUGGAGCUCGCUCUAUUUUAUUGAUAAACGUGAUUGAUUUCUGCAUAACUAAUUCUGUCCAUCCUAAACAAAAAAAAAAAAAAAAACUGUUUGCAAAAUUGAGACUAUUCACAAUGUAUCGCUUUACGUAUUUUUAUUUGACUCAAUAACGUUGUUCUUGUCAAUAAAGUUUUGUUGUUUUUUUUUUUCAAUUCUUUAACCUUUGAUAUGAGACAUGAUUUUGUUUUGGCGAGACGUUCUCCGAAAGUGGUGUAAUAGUUUCAUUUGGUGAUGAUUUUCAUGUUGUAUCAAUAGGGAGACGUCAAAUAGGUUGCGUUCACGUGACAUCAGGACAUCGUAGAGUCCCCCGUAGUUUAACCUGAGCUGGAGACGGGUCAGAAUCCUCAGGUGGAGUCGUCCGUGUAACUGUCAGACGCAGAUGUGUCGACCUGGUUUAUGGUUAAUAUCUCUGUAAUUACUGGGCUUAUCCACAUGAAACGAAGACUGACAUAAAGUUCGUCUUCUGUCAGUAUAAAUAAAGAAAAAUUAGCUUAUUUUUUUCCACAAUAGCUUCAGAAAGUGGUGCCGUUAUUCAACCACAAAGACGUGAUCGCUGUCAGUUGAAAGGACUUAAAGCCGUAAGAUCAGAUGGGUUCAAAGUUCAACAUCUGUCAGCGUAAAUAAACUGUUGUAUUAAAAAGUAGCUGUCAUUCUUUCACAAAGGAGCAGUUUUCAAUAUCUGCUGCAUUUGUUGGCUUAAAAAAAACAGAUUAAGUUCAACAUUUUGGAUAAGUCUUUCAAAAACCAAAGGCCCCUCUCUUCGAAAUCUCAUCAGACUUUAGACACGUCGUGAACGCAGCCUAUUGUUAGCAUAGCAUUUGCGCUCCUGCCUGACCUCUGACCUCUAACCUGUGUUUAUCUCUCGCACUAGGCCCAGAGUUGGCGCAGUUGUAGCAGUAGCAGAUUUGGUGGUUAAUGCAGUUUGGUGAACGUGAUGCUGCCGGUUUGUACGCUGUGCCAGGUCCACUCUUUUACCGUUUCUCUUCUCUCUUCCUCCUUCCGGACAGACGGGAUCCCCACGCUCUGGAACGGGCCUUUUGCGGUCACGUGUCCCGCUUCGAACACGCUUAAGACGGACCGCGCACUUCUAAUCAAUAAUAUUAGCUUGUUAUUGCGCCUUGUUUUUUUUGUUUUUUUCUUUGGCUAAAGGAGCAGUUUUGUCCGGACACGGGACGAUAUUGAAAUUUGAUUUGAUUAUUGCGAUUAACGAUAAUUAUUCAAGUUGCUGACAGUUUAAAAUGUGGAUAAGGUGACCAUAUUUUCCGGAGUAUAAGUCGCACCGGCCAAAAAAUGCAUAAUAACGAAGAAAACCCCCCCAAAACAUUUCAUAUAAGUCGCACCCCCAGCCAAACCAUGAAAAACGUGCGGCUUAUAGUCCGGAAAAUACGGUAAGUUUAAUUUGAAUAGGUUCCAUAUAACAACAAAAAGAGUCCAUCACCUGCUCAUCUCCAUGAAGAUGCCAUUUCUUUGUUAAGUUCCACAGUGCGGAAUUAAACUGCUCAAUUAUACGUUAUGUCUAUGCGAGGGGAAAAAAAUUCUGACUGUGAGCGGGGGGGGGGUCACCUCUACACAGAUCUGACCUGUAACUUGGCCUUGGCUUCUUCGAGAUGAGUUGAAUGGGAAGCAGGUUGUUGACCCAUAACCGCAAAACGUUCCGCAGUGCACCUUUUUAGCGGAAUUAUUGAAACGCGUCAGCCGUUCACGAAGUUGUUACCGGACGAGCAAACGCACAAACGUCGCCUCAAAACGUCUGAAUCGCGUUAAACUCGAGUCUCAGUCCGGCCGUGGGGGCCCCGUCUGUUCCUCUUUUGUUCUUGCUGCUUUUUGGGUUGAGUUUUGACCCGAAGUGAAGGGUUUUUGGAGCAGAAAAAAGCUGCUCAAAUAUUCUCAUGUAAAGUGUGUUUCUGUCCACUGUGUCUCAGCUUCAUGUGCUGCAGGUUUUCAUUAAUAAAACAUUUCCCUGUAAAAAAAAAAAAAAAAAAA